AUGGCACUCAGACACCUAAUCAUCAUGCUCCCUUUGUUAUUUGCAUCUUGUUCGGGUGGUGCCGAUGCCAGGAAAGGUUACCUUUGUCCGGGUGGUGGCAACGGUGGGAAAGGGUGCCCUUGUCCGGGUGGGUGUCCUUGUCCAGCUGCUGCCGAUGGUGGGAAAGAAUGCCCUUGUCCGGGUGGUGGUGACGGCGGGAAAGGGUGCCAUUGUCCGGAUGGGUGUCCUUGUCCGGGUGCUGCCGACAGUGAGAAAGGCUGCCCUUGUUCGGGUGGUGCUGACGGUGGGAAAGGGUGCCAUUGUCCGGAUGGGUGUUCUUGUCCGGCUGCUGUCGACGGUGGUAAAGAAUGUCGUUGUCCGGGUGGUGGCGACGGUGGGAAAGGGUGCCAUUGUCCGGAUGGGUGUUCUUGUCCGGCUGCUACCGAUGGAGGGAAAGAAUGCAUUUGUCCGGGUGGUGGUGACGGAGGGAAAGGGUGCCAUUGUCCAGAUGGGUGUCCUUGUCCGGCUGCUACAGACAGUGGUAAAGAGUGCCCUUGUCCGGGUGGUGCCGACGGUGGGAAAGGGUGCCAUUGUCCGGAUGGGUGUUCUUGUCCGGCUGCUACCGAUGGUGGGAAAGAAUGCAUUUGUCCGGGUGGUGGUGACGGAGGGAAAGGGUGCCAUUGUCCGGAUGGGUGUUCUUGUCCGGCUGCUACAGACGGUGGUAAAGAGUGCCCUUGUUCGGGUGGUGCCGACGGUGGGAAAGGUUGCCCUUGUGCGGGUGGUGCCGACGGGGGGAUAGGGUGCCCUUGUGCGGGAGGUGCCGACGGCGGGAAAGGAUGCCCUUGUGCGGGUGAUGCCGGCGGUGGAAAAGGGUGCCCUUGUGCGGGUGGUGCCGACGGAGGGAAAGGGUGCCCUUGUGCGGGUGAUGCCGCUGGCGGGAAAGGGUGCCCUUGUGCGGGUGGUGCCGACAACGUGAAAGGGUGCCCUUGUGCGGGAGGUCCCGACGGUGCGAAAGGGUGUCCUUGUGCGGGUGGUGCCGACGGCGGAAAAGGAUGCCCUUGUGCGGGUGGUGCCGACGGCGGGAAAGGAUGCCCUUGUGCGGGUGGUGCUGAAGGCGGGAAAGGCUGCCCUUGUGCUGGUGGUGCUGAAGGCAGGAAAGGUUGCCCUUGUGCGGGUGGUGCCGAUGGCGGGAAAGGUUGCCCUUGUGCGGGUGGUGUCUGUUGCGGGAAAGGUUGCCCUUGUGCGGGUGGUGCCGAAGGAGGGAAAGGAUGCCCUUGUGCGGAUGGUUCCGAAGGCGGGAAAGGUUGCCCUUGUGCAGGUGGUGCCGACAACGGGAAAGGCUGCCCUUGUGCGGGUGGUGCCGACGGCGGGAAAGACAGCAAACAGGAUGUUACAGAAAAAGGGAACAUCAAAACUUGA